AUGAUUAAUGAAGCAGAUGAUUUAUUAAUUUAUUUUGAGGCUUAUUAUGUAAAUGGCGCUUACAAACGAAUUAAGAAUGCAGCUGGAGUUAAUGUUAAUGUGCGUCUUCGAAGACUACAACCUAUGUUUCCACCUAAUACUUGGAAUGUUCAUGAUACAACCCUUCAUGGUAGCCACAGGACAAACAAUCCUACUGAAGGAUGGAACAAUCGCUUUGCACAUUUAGUCGGUCAAAAACAUCCAACAAUAUGGAAGUUAAUUAGAAAAAUUAAAAAUGAAGUAGCUGCAGAUCUAGCAAAGUUGGCUUUAAAUGAUGUAGGUGAGCCAUUCAAUAAAAGAAAACAAUUAGGGUUGACCCAAACUACCGAAAAAAUAUUGAAAGAACUAUGUACACGAAUCCAAAAUGAUGAAAUAAAUGUUGAAGACUUCCUAAAAGCGAUUGCUCAUAACAUCAGAAAGCGCUGUAAUGACUAG